CUUUUGAUUUCAGGGAAGAUGCGCGAGAAAUCGGAUUUACCGUCAUCGUGGACAUGAGGGGUUCCACAUCCACGUGGACGUCAGUCAAGCCGAUACUCAAAGUCCUCCACGACCACUUUCCCUCGGCUGUCCACGCCGUCUACAUAAUCAAGCCGGACAACUUCUGGCAGAAGCAGAGGACUUCGCUCGGCUCGCAUAAGUACAAGUUUGAGGUGAACAUGAUAAGCAUGGAAGGGCUGCCGAAAAUCGUCGACUCUUCGCAGCUGACUUCGGACCUCGAGGGUACACUCCACUACGACCAUUCACAGUGGAUAGACAUGAGGCUGGCCGUUGAAGACUUCAUGUGGCAGGCAUCCGACCUCCUGGACAGGUUAGACGACCUGCAGGAAGACCUGUCGCGAAACGACUUCGGCGAAGACGUCGCCGGUGCUAAGCACGGCCUCGAUAUGCACGCCGACAUGAAGAAGCGCAUCAUGAAAACGCCCGUCGAAGAGAUCGACAAGUUCGGCCAACGGCUUCUCCAGCGGUUGUCAGGAGAUAGCAGUAGUGGCUAUGACAGUGGCUACUCCGGAAGGGAGAGUGAAGCGAGCAUGACAAAUCCAGAUCUACAAGCCUCCGUACCUCAAAUUCUUAACAAUUUAGAUACAAUUAGAUCGACGCAAGCACAUUUGCUGCAAUUGUGGCAGCAUAAGAAGCUCAAGUUGGACCAGUGUUUCCAAUUGAGACUAUUUGAACAAGACUGCGAAAAGAUGUUUGACUGGAUAUGCCAUAAUAGAGAUGUAUUUCUGAUGAAUUACGUAGAAAUAGGACAUUCUUAUAAUUUAGCCAAGGAAUUGCAGGAUGAACAUAAUCAUUUUACAAUGAGUUCGAUGAAUGUUUACGUAAAUAUCAAUAGGAUAUUGGCAGUGGCGACAAGGAUGAUGGAGGGCGGUCACUAUGCCGCCACUCACAUCAGAACCGUCGCAAACCGUUUGGACAGAGCGUGGAAAGAAUUUGCAGCCGGUCUUGACGAAAGGACUGCAGUUUUGGCCCUUUCUGUACUUUUUCACCACAAGGCUGAACAAUAUGUCGAGAGUGUAGGCUCUUGGAACCAAGCGUGCGAGACUACAACAAUCCCUGCUGAGAUCAUACUGUUAGAAACGGCUAUACACCAACACCAAAAUUUAUAUGAAUCCAUGUGCCAAGCUUAUACUGAGGUCCAUAGCACUAGCAAGAAGCUUUUAUACCAACUGGACCACUUGGUGCAAGUUUGCAAUCAGACUGGAAUGGAACAUAACAGAAAACAUAGUGCGAGACGGAGGGGCAAAACUCAUUAUGAUGACAAUAAUACAGCUGGAUCUGAUACUAGUUCUUCAAGCAGCCGGAGGGGUGGUGGUGGCACAAAUCCGGCUGCUGACUAUUCAGAAGGCGCUUCGCAUGUAUUGGCUGUGAUACACCAAAUUCUCAACCAUCACAGGACCCUCGAACACAGAUGGCACUCGAAAAAGAUAAAACUGCAUCAACGACUUGCCCUGAGGCUGUUUCAAGAGGAUGUGAAACAGGUCCUUGACUGGCUUUCAAAUCACGGUGAAGUGUUCCUACGUAAAAACACAGGAGUCGGUAGAAAUUUGCAGAAAGCGCGGGUCUACCAGAAGAGCCACGAGCAUUUUGAAAACGUAGCACAGAAUACCUACCGUAACGCUGAAAAGCUGCUGUCCGCUGCCGAAGAACUCGCUCAGACUGGGGAGUGCAACGCUCAAGAGAUCUACUCGGUCGCCCAGGAGCUGGAAGGCCACGUGACGUCUUUCGCAGGCAGGGUUGACCAGAGGAGACGUAGGCUCGACCUCGCCGUCCUAUUCUACACCCACGAAAAAGAGCUUGAAGAGUGGUUGGAGGAGGUGCGAAACGAGAGUUGCGAUGCGCUCGGAGCAGACACAGUGGAAGCUGCUGAGAGGCAAUUAGAAGCAAGCAAACAGCAGAGGCUUUCUUCUCUGGACGCCUGCUUGAAUACAAUCGCCCAAGGAGAAGCGUUAUUGCAAGAGCUCAGGAGUGUUGGACUUACGAGUGAAAUGGAUUCAACAGGCUCUGUAGCAGCAGUUGAAACUGCUCUCGAUCGAUUGAACAAACAAAGAGAAGAGCUUGAGGAACUUUGGGCAGCAAGGAAGCUCAGGCUUGACUUGUGCCUCAGGCUUCGACUUUUUGAACGCGACGCUCUUGAGGUGUCAUCACAGUUGGAAAUAUGGUCCAACGAACUGGAAAAUACCGUGUUACCCGAUUCGAUUGAGGAGGCUGAAAGAGCGCUGAGGGCGCAUACAGAAAGCGUGUCGCAUAUGCAGUCCGGUACUUAUCAAGUUUUACAGGCCGGGCAAGAGCUCGCCAACGUCCUCGAGUCGUCUGGUGUCGGCCUUAUGGCAGAUUCGCAAUACACUGCUGCUACGAGAGUCCAAGUCUUGCUUGAAUUUUUAAAUGAGAGGGAAAUGGAUUUAGAAGACCUUGCCGAAGUCAAACGGCUCAAGUUGGAACAAUGUGUCCAACUCUAUCAGUUCAGAAAUGAUGCUAAUCAGGUUGUCAGUUGGAUCAGAAAUGGUGAAGCUAUGUUAAUGGCAAGUUUCACCAUACCUAAUUCACUUGUUGAUGCUGAACAGCUGAAAAAAGAACACGAACAAUUCCAAGUUGCUAUCGAAAAAACCCACACAUCAGCUGUACAGGUUAAACACAGAGCUGAUGCUUUGAUAACGGCAAAUCAUUACGACCCAGCAAGUGUAAGACAAAUUUCAGAAGAAGUGACAAAAAGAUGGCAACAGCUUGUAACAUGCGCAGAAGAAAGGCAUAAGCUUGUCACAGCAAGUCUCAACUUUUACAAGACUGCAGAACAGGUAUGUUCAGUUUUGGAUUCUCUGGAAAGGGAGUACAAAAGGGAUGAAGACUGGUGUGGAGGCGGCAGCAGCACAAACGGCAACUCGCCGUCGAAUGCCGUCGCACAGUUGAUAAACAAGCACCAAGAACAGAAAGAGGCGUUCCUCAAGGCGUGCACGCUUGCGAGACGCACAGCUGAGACUUUCUUAAAAUACACUUCUAGAAGCCUUCAGUACUACAACUACCCGACGUCUGAAGCCGGCCCCGAGGCAAGAGUGAAAGUCAUCCUGGAUAAGCUGCUCAGUCAAGAAAACAGGGUCCUGGAACAUUGGUCGCAAAGGAAGAAGCGCCUUGACCAAUGCCAGCAGUUCGUCUUGUUCGAAGCUUCUGCAAGGCAGGCUAUGGAGUGGAUACAAGAAACUGGUGAAAACUACCUAAACACUCACACUAACAUCGGGGCCAAUCAAGAAGAGACCGAGAGCCUUCUGGGGGAGCAUAACGAGUUCAAGGCCGCUGCAAAGGAGACGAGGGAAAGGGUGAAGCUUCUCAUCCAGCUUGCCGACAGCCUGGUGGAAAAAGGCCAUGCACACGCGACUCAAGUCAAAACAUGGGUGGCUGCCGUCGAUAACACCUACAAGGACUUUUCAUCACGGAUGGACAAGUAUAGGUCCCAAUUGGAAACACGUCUUGGAAUACCGACAGAACAUGAGGGUAAACAAGAACUGAGCAUCGAUCGAAAUUCUGAUCCAAAUUUAGAGUCGAAAGUCAAAGAAUCGACGAAAGACCUCAAAGAGCUCAAUGAAGAAAAGCGAAGAUCCGCCAGAAGAAAGGAGUUCAUCAUGGCCGAGCUGUUACAAACGGAAAGAACAUACGUGAAAGACCUAGAAACUUGUAUAAAAGUGUUUCUGGACGAAAUGCGCAUCGCUAACGACGUCCCGUCCGGAAUUCUCGGCAAGGAGAGAGUCAUCUUUGGCAACGUUGAGAACAUACGCGACUUCCACAGGGACAUCUUCCUCAAGGAGCUCGAAAAGUACGAGACGAUGCCGGAAGAUGUUGGACAUUGCUUUGUCACAUGGGCGCCCAAGUUUGACAUGUACGUCGAGUACUGCAAGAACAAACCGGAGAGCAAUUCGGUGCUAGUCUCCCAUGGCGGCGGUUAUUUCGAGGAGCUUCAGAAAAAGCACAAGGUUGAACACCCGAUCGCCGCCUACCUCAUUAAACCAGUACAAAGGAUCACAAAAUAUCAACUGCUCCUCAAAGACCUACAGUCGUGCUGCGACGAAGGCCAAGGGGAAAUUAAGGAUGGUUUGGAAGUGAUGCUUAAUGUCCCUAAAAAAGCGAACGACGCACUUCACUUGUCGCUGCUCGACGGAUGCGACGUGAGUCUUGACGAGCUUGGCGAGGUCGUCCUGCAGGACAGCCUGCACGUAUGGGAUCCAAAACAGAUAAUCAGAAAGUCCAAAGAGAGGCACUGCUUCCUUUUCGAGCUAUAUCUAGUCUUUAGCAAAGAAGUAAAAGAUUCGGCUGGGAAGGCUAAAUACAUUUACAAAAAUAAAUUAAUGACCUCGGAACUAGGAGUUACCGAACACAUUGAAGGUGAUGAAUGCAAAUUUGCCGUCUGGACAGGAAGAGCGCCAAUUUCUGACUACAGGAUCGUACUUAAGGCCUCUUCACUUGAAAGUAAGCAGGCUUGGGUCAAGAAACUGCGCGAAGUUAUACAAGAAACUUAUUUCAGUACAGCGCUACCUCUAUCUCUUCCAAAAUCGCCUGCCAAGCUGAAAGGCAGCAGCCAACGUUCCAGCAGGGACAUGGAAGAAACCGGAUCUCUUGACGAGAGUGUCGAGAACCUCGACAGGGGAUCUUUGGCGUCCUUCGGCUCCGGAAACACCACCGAUUCUGAUAAGAAGCAGGGAUGGCACUACAUCCGAAGUGGAAAGACCGGAGGCGUGGAGAUGACGUGGGUCAUAAACGACCACGUCGCGGCCGCCCCCGGCCAGCUGUCCGUCACGAAAGGGCAACAGGUGGAGGUUGUUGAAAAUGUAAGUUCGAACCCCGAAUGGUGCCUCGUCAGGAUGCCCAGCUCGGGACUCGAUCCUCCACCUGAGGGCCUCGUACCACUUUCGGUUCUGAAGCAGCCGCCAGCCGCCGCACAGUCCUCAGCCCCUAGAAUCCACGAGCUCGGUAGCAACGAAAUGCAGCACCAUCUAAAUACCCUCUGGGCGGCUUGGCAGAUAGGAAAACCGUCCACAUCUCUCAAGGAUCCAGGUACAAGCGAGGGAGCUGCGACAACGAAUUCACCCGUCAACAAAAGAAGGGUGUUCAGCGGGCGCAAAUGGCUCCCACCUCCUCUCAGGAAGUUGAGCGGGACCAAAGUAGAAAAGACGGCAACCCCUGAAAGGCCGUCGCUUAAAAAGACACCUUCGGAGAAGAGGUUCAAGCAACCGGGAGCAGAUCUUACAAAAGUGGCAAACGAGCCUGGAGCUGAAGAGACGACGAGAGAACCUAACGGCGAGGAGGCCGAAGAAGAAGUUGUAGAGCUUCCUCCUCCGAUGAAGCCCAUCAGCGAGCCCAUUCUCGUCCCGGCGGACGAGCCGCAGAACCCAAGGUCGUCCACGCUUUCCCUCGAAGGUGCCACAUCGGCAGAUUUGGCUGAGAUUGAACAAAUCGUCAAAGAAAGAAUGGAGCAACAUUCUGAAAAGCAGAGUAAACUUGGGACGACAGUCACACCCGAUCAGGCGUCGACAUCAUCAGCAGAAGGGGAAACUGCCAUCCAAAAACGAGAAUAUGUGAUAAGAGAGUUGGUCGAGACGGAGAGAGACUAUGUCAGGGAUCUGAGACUGGUAGCCGAAGGUUAUAUGCCGUUGAUGAGGGAUCCGAACUCCGAAGUUCCAAUGCCUGAGGAUCUCGGUGGUGGAAAAGACAAAAUGGUAUUCGGCAACUUGGAAGCGAUUUACGAAUGGCACAGAGACGUAUUUCUCAAAGCACUCGAACAAUGCAUAGAUAAUCCUUCAGAACUUGGCCCACUAUUUAAAAGAUCUGAAAGAAAGCUGUUUAUGUAUGUUGUAUAUUGUCAGAACAAGCCAGUUUCUGAAUAUAUUGUUUCUGAAUAUGACACAUAUUUUGAGGAACUCAGACAAAAAUUAGGACAUAAACUUCAACUCUGUGAUUUAUUAAUAAAACCUGUACAAAGGAUUACCAAAUAUCAACUUCUUCUCAAAGAUCUGUACAAAUACACUGAAAAAGCGAAGCUGAUACACGAAACGGAGACCCUGAAGCAAGCACUCCUUGUAAUGCAAGUAGUUCCUAAAGCUGCGAAUGAUAUGAUGGAUGUCGGCCGGUUACAAGGGUUUGACGGCAAAAUUACAGCCCAGGGAAAACUGCUUCUGCACGGGCCGUUAAUGUGUUCCGAAGGGAUUUCGACUGCAAAUUUUAAGGGCAAAGAUCUAGUUGUUUUCUUGUUUGAGCAAAACAUCAUAUUUAGUGAAGCUGUCGGGAAGAAAACUCAAUUUACAAAUCCUGUUUAUAUAUACAAAGCACACAUACAGGUUAAUAAAAUGAGCCUGGAUGAAGGAUCACCGACGGGGAGAGAGAAGGGAAGCACCUCAGAUGAAAAUGAGCCAUUUGUCGUCAGAUCGACAGAUCCGAACAAGCCUGGUACUGCUUACACGUGUCUUGCUUCGAGUGUGGAGUCAAGAGCAGAAUGGGUCUACCAGCUGAAGAACAUCCUGCAAACACAGCGUGACUUUCUUAAAGCCAUACAGUCGCCUAUUGCAUACCAGAAGGAGCUUAAUAAGGACCCCCUUUUCUGUAUUUCGGUGAGAGAACCCAGCCCACCAGAGCCGCAUAAGGAAAGUACAAAGGUCGAAGUACUUGAGGUAAUGAGCAGGUCAAGGAGUUCCAGCAGCGGAGGCAUCUUAGAAGGUUUCCGCAAUACUCUGAGGAGAGCCAGGAGCGACUUACCAACACACCGAGCCACUAUACACCUCAGGCGUUGGUCGGACGCUAGAGUUGUAUGUUUUUUCUUCUCUUAACUAUUAUUUAUUUAAUAUUAAUCACUUUUACUUUUUUCCAGUCGAAAUAAAAUAAAAGACUCAAUAGUUCCUCUAGUCAAUGGAGCGUUCCAUCUGUGAUAAAUCAACUGCUAUGUACAAUUCAACAUUUUCAAGUGAUGUUUCCACUCUUGUGACAAGACAAUUUCAACAAUUUUAAUUAUUUGUACAGUUCAAUGUACUAAUAUGUAACACUAUUUAUGUAAUUAUAUUGUUUGUAUUAUUUAUAUGAAAAAUAUAAAUUUUUUUAAGCUUUGAUACCUAACAUUUGUUAUUGCCAGGAUUACAGCUUUGUAAACAUUUCAAUUUGACCCCAAGGCGCUUUUUUUUUUUUAUUUUUUUUUUUUUUGUGUCUGAUAUAAGGCUAAUUGGAUGAUUAAAAAUAAAAAGGCCAAUAAGUUUAAAAUAUAAAGGGUAUGAGUAAGUAUUUUCUUACCAGCGGUAUUUACUGACCACAAUCAUCAUGUUAAUUCAGUCAUUAAUAAUCAUCAACUUCAGCGAUCUUGGUGAUAUAUAAUUAAGUCAUCAUUAUACAAAACAAAAUGAACACGACCGAAAAAUCAUACUUACAAAAACAUACAAUCACUGUUAAUUUUCAUUUGAACAAGGCUGAAAGAAAAAAUAUAGAAGGAACGCAGAUCAUUCAAUGCUGGCAUAGUCAAAAUAAAUAUUCCUGAAACUUGUCUAUCAAUUGAAGACGUGUUAUCACCAGAA